AAUCUAGUCACCUUGCUCCGCUCAAUUGCUUCUAACGUCAAAUCUAAAAAAAGCCGGAGCCUGCUACAACAAAAAAUACAAAUAAUAACACUUCUUGUAUCAAUUAAAUAUCUUACCGUCGAACGGCUUAAAUGUUUCGAAUAAAUCACAACUGCUUAAAUUAAUUCAAAAUUAUCUUCCAUCCAUCGGGUUUACCAUAAUUACGAGCGCAGUUCUUAUCAGUGUAAUGUAAAUCUUUACGUAUGGUUUGUUCCCGACUGUAUCGCACCAUGAUCAUUUGUCCGGAAGAAUUGCUGCUUCAGUAGCAGCGGUCUGCUGUUCGCGUCGGGUCGUUCCCAUCGGCAGCCGUCCAAAUGUUGUUCCAGCCCUCGUCCCGCACGCUACUGAACCGUUGGAUCAAUCAUUUUGGCGUGCUUGAAGUUACGGCCAAAAACAGACACCUGCGACAAAUUGGCGGAAGUGGUCAAUCGUCCGGUCUGGUGCAAUUUGCCGCUCCUUACAGUGGUAUCGCGCAAAAGCUGUUAAAGGAGGCAGGCAACGUUAUAGCUUUCGGAGGAUACCGGCACCAAAAGUAUUCAAAAAUGUUACCAUCCAAUGCAGGAAGCAUGACGCAGCGUGGUCCCAUAGAACCGGUACGGUUUACAAAAAACAUGACAUUUUUCAGCAACCGCAAGCAAAGUUACGAAAAAGACGGCCAAUCUUUACGAUUAAACGUGCCGCUCGACAAGCCAUUGGUAUUUAUCUUUGCCUGGUUGCAAGCGUCCGAAAAACACUUGGCAAAGUACGCCGAAUUCUACCUGGACCAGGGUUUCGAGGUGCUGUGCGUCCACAUCACACCCUGGCAGCUGGUGUGGCCCGUUAACGGUUCCCAGAAGGUGGCGGCCGAUGUUGUAAAGUUUCUCGCAAACAAUGAGCUUCCCGAGGGCAUUGUCAUACACGGAUUCUCCGUUGGCGGCUAUCUGUGGGGUGAGUGUUUGGUGAAGCUGCAGGCCGACCCGUCCGGCAAACGGGUGCUGGAGAAAAUCCGCGGUCAGGUGUGGGAUAGCCUGGCGGAUAUAACGGAAAUUCCGGUCGGCGUUCCGCAUGCAGUUUUACCCCACAAUCCAACGCUGCAGGGCGUCCUGCGCAACUACAUCAACUACCACAUGAAACUGUUCCACGAGGAAGCUACACAGUAUUACGUUAAAUGUACGCGCCUCUUCCAUUACGAGCCGGCCCCGUGUCCGGCGCUGCUGCUGGUGUCGAAAACCGAUCCAGUCGGUACGGAAAAGGCCAACAAUCGGCUUCGUGGCAUUUGGGAGUCGGUCGGUGUGCAGACAUCGUUGAAGUGUUGGGAUAAGUCGCCCCACGUUGGGCACUUCCACAAGCACCGGGACGAGUACAUCGAGCUGCUGGUCGCCCACCUUCACACGCUCGAUUUGCCGAUGUACAAUCGGAAGGCUAAGCUCUAAUGGCCCGGUGACAGGCAGUUAGCAUCUGGAUUCGCGCGAUCGAUCAGAAAGCGCGAUAAGUGAUAAGCGGGAGUUCUCGGGAGGAGCGUAACAACGGUUUGUCCGGUGAUUAUUUCAGGGAGCGACACACAACCACACCCCAGUUUAGCCUUUAUACAGCUAACAGCUGACUUUCGGGUCUGAUAAACCGAGCACAGGAAUUAGAUAAAUAUUUGCAUUAACGACAUAACUGGCGGCGAUAUCUCUACAGCUGAGCGGAUUUCCUGCAACUCAAAGUCUACCGGAUCAGAGUAUGUAUUCCGAUAAAAGCAAAGUAAAUAAAUAUUUCACGGGUAAAAAGUAAAGCGACGCCGCCCGCCGCAUGCAUUUUGCACCGCUGGUCUGCUGCUGACCUUGUGAUUCACGUUGAGCGUGGAAUGAAAUUGAUUAAAGUAGCGCAAAUUGUGUAGAUAUGUCGGUAAUGAUUUAAUGGUGCCUAAGCUACGGGACGCGGGAAACAUAAUCCCGUGGUGCGAGAGAGGGCCCCGGCGAGACGGUGUGGUAGCGUCAGUCAAUCAUUGCCGAUUGACUAUCGUGUAUCGGGCUGUGGACUUUGGAAUUGCAAAUGUUGCAACGUAAUCCAAAUAUAGCGCGCCAAUUCAAGUGGGGCCGACGUGACCGGCGUGCUGCGUUUGUGCUGUGGCGUCUUUGGCUGCAUCCCAAAAAAAAAAAACGGAUGGAGGGGAUCGUAGCAAAAAAUGUACAUUUAUUAGUGUGUAUGCAAUAAACAUGACUCUAGCGCGGGGUGCAAAUAUCAAG